CAAUAACCACUUUCAUGGCGGUUCCUUCCUUGUUAUAGCUAGGAGCUGGUGAUCAUGAGUGGUACAGAGUUAGAAGAGCCUGGACAGUUAAAACGUGCUGUGAUUGAUGCUUCUGCUGGUGCUGUUGCUGGUGCCAUUUCACGUAUGGUUACCUCUCCCCUUGAUGUUAUCAAGAUUAGAUUUCAGGUUCAAUUAGAGCCUACAGCUUCAUGGGCUCUGACUAAAAAAGAUUCUCCGCUGAAACCAAAGUAUAAUGGUUUGUUUCGAACAACAAAGGAUAUCUUUAGAGAGGAAGGUUUAUCGGGCUUUUGGCGUGGAAAUGUCCCAGCUUUACUCAUGGUUGUGCCUUAUACAUCCAUACAGUUUGCAGUUUUACAUAAGGUGAAGUCUCUUGCCGCUGGUUCAUCAAAGGCCGAAAAUCAUGCUCAACUGAGCCCUUAUCUUUCUUACAUCAGUGGGGCACUAGCAGGGUGUGCAGCAACAGUUGGAUCGUAUCCAUUUGACCUAUUGCGGACUGUAUUGGCUUCCCAGGGUGAGCCAAAGGUAUAUCCAAAUAUGAGAUCAGCAUUUCUGAGUAUAGUGAAAACUCGUGGAGUCAAAGGGUUGUAUGCAGGAUUGUCCCCAACUUUGAUCGAGAUCAUUCCUUAUGCUGGUCUGCAGUUCGGCACUUAUGACACAUUUAAACGCUGGAGUAUGGUCUAUAAUAAGCGAUACCAAUCUUCUUCAUCAAGCUCAACGAAUCCAAGUGAUAGUCUUUCUAGCUUUCAGCUUUUCCUUUGCGGUUUAGCUUCUGGCACUGUUUCUAAACUAGUCUGUCAUCCGCUUGAUGUUGUCAAGAAAAGAUUCCAGGUCGAAGGUCUAGAACGGCACCCGAAAUAUGGAGCCCGAGUAGAGCUAAAUGCUUACAAGAACAUGUUUGACGGUUUAGGGCAGAUAUUAAGAUCAGAAGGUUGGCACGGCCUCUACAAAGGCAUUGUUCCAUCAACCAUAAAAGCUGCACCUGCUGGUGCUGUAACAUUUGUGGCCUAUGAACUUGCAUCCGAUUGGUUUGAGGCAAAUUUGACAUGAACUUGGAAAAUUCUUCAAUUCUAUUUGUAAAUCUUAUUUUCUUUUGCUUUCGAAUAAUAAGUAAUAUAAGAUUCCAUACUUG